AUGGCCAGUGAAGCAAACCAAUACAUCCGCAAAGCCCUGCACAACACCCCGCCUCCCCCUCCCAUCCGCGCGAGAUUCUUCUACGCGAGUCCUGUCCCCAUCGACGAUCCGCUGUCUCCGUUGCCGCCUUCGACGCAAGGAAGUGCUUCGGCGAAGCAGCCGGCCAAGGCUUUCUCGGAAUAUGACAAUAUUGCUUUGGACAAGGCGUGGCAUGAGUUGAGGCAGAGGGUUUUGAAAUUUCGGGGCAAGCAGAAUGAGAGGAGUAGGAGCAAGGAGACGAGUAGGACGAGAGCGAGGGCUGGGAGUGUCAGGGAUGGGCGGAGACGAUCAGACUCGGCGACCAACUCGAUUGCUUCCCGCUCUAGAGUUGCUCGAUCGGCUGCCGCGAGAUCAGGUAUCAUGGAAGAUUCCGAGGACGAGGACGAGGGAGCAGCAGAUGACUCGCAUUUACCCAUCACGGCUGCUGAAGUCUCCACUUCGCCAAAUACUACCGGCAAUCCGUUUAUUCGAGCUCCUUCUCGGACAAAGAUACGAGCGCUGCAGCAGGAAGAGAGAGCGGCGCGGCCGAAGAUGGCGACCCGCGAUACGUACGAAUGGGACGACGCAUCGCAUCUAGCAGAACACAGUCCUGCUCCAGAAGUACGGGAGAAAGACGAAGAUCCUCACGCGAAAGUCGUGGUGGGAGUCUCGAGAUUGCACCAAGUGGAAAUGCCGGAAUUGCAGAUGACGCCUAUCUAUUGGACGCCCAUACAGGACACCGCACCCGUCGUGAGGGGCACAUGGUUUUAUCAGGAUACGAUGCUGCCUGUGGAGACGGCUGUGGCGAAUAUGCUCGAAGCCGGCUACGUUGAUCGGCAAGUCUGGACGGAGACGUGGAAGGAUGAACUCAACAGUGCCGUAGAGGUGGGUGCGGCUGGCGAGAUGAAAAUUGUGCACAAGCUAUGGCCAGAACAAAUGCCAGACAGUCGUCCUGUGAGCAGGCGCGGAACGGCGGACGUCUUCACCGAUGACAUCGUCCAGGAAGCAACAUCAGCGCUGGUCGAGGAUCCGGACACCCCAGAGCAGGCGCGAGAGAAAGCUGUACAAGCUGCGUGUGCAAUCAUCGACAUUGCUUCUGGAGCGAACGGAGCCGACAACAAAGCCUCUGGAACACCGGUAUACGGCUAUCAAGGGCAAGUCCGGUCCUUUGCGGACUUUGGAGUCAUUUAUGCCAAUAAGAAGGAAGCACGCCUGCUCAAGCCCAGCUUGAUGCCGUCUGAAUACUUUGGCCGCAGACCGCUUGCCAAUUACAUCCGCAAAGGGUACAAACUUGGUAUUGCCGUCGUUCGAGGUUUCGACCAAGCGCUGUGGAACAAAUUACACCCGCCCAAAACGACAGCCAAAGCGGAGAAAGCGAACAGGGGUGCGGCGGCGAGUUCCGCAACAGCGCCGGCCAUACCGCCGCACGUCACAAGCAAGGCCGAUGUGGGAAUCGGAGACGCAGACCGGCCGCAAGUCACAGAUCUGAUACUCAUUGUGCACGGCAUAGGGCAGAAAUGGGCGAGUCGCUAUGAAAGCUUUCACUUCACCCACGCCAUCAAUUCAUUCCGCCGUGAGAUCAACGUGGAACUCGGCAGUCCCGAGAUUCGCGCGCGACUGCGAGAUGGGUUGGGCGGGAUUAUGGCGUUACCGGUGAACUGGAGACAUUCGCUUUCCUUCGAGGAAGGAGGCUAUCGGGACGACGAUUCGACCGUCAACGAGUUUUCUCUCGCUGACAUCACGCCCGAGACGCUCCCUUCGGUGCGAAAUAUAGUGUCGGAUGUGAUGCUGGACAUCCCGUACUACAUGUCGCACCACCAGAGCAAGAUGAUCUCUGCGGUGAUUAGAGAGGCAAAUCGCGUGUACCAGCUGUGGUGCAAGAACAAUCCCGGCUUCGCGAAGAACGGACGUGUGCAUCUCAUUGCGCACAGUCUGGGGAGUGUCAUGGCCAUUGAUAUUUUGUCAAGACAGCCAACCAUCGUUCCCGACCGGCUGUCCGAUCCCACCACCAUCAACCUGGAAAGCGAGCAUCUGGAACACUUCCUCUUCAACACCUCCAACCUCUACCUCGCAGGCUCGCCAGCCGGCUUCUUCCUCCUGCUCAAGAAAGCCCAGCUUCUCCCCCGAAUCGAUCAUCCCUCCGCGGUAGCCCUGGAGGAUCCCUCAUCCAACACCAGCACCAUCUGCGGCGAGCGCGGCCAAUACGGCUGCAUAGCAGUGGAAAACGUGUACAACAUCAUCAACCCCUACGAUCCCGUUGCCUACCGCAUGAACGCCGCCGUCGACGCAGCCUACUCCGCGAGUCUCAAACAAGCACACAUCCCCUCCGCCACUCCGGGCUGGUUCGGCGUGGGAACCAAAACGUCACUCUUCAGCGGCAAAACAUCCAGCAUCAAACCCACCGCCGCAAAAAACACCGCCUCAACAACACCCACCACGACCCUUCCCCGCCUGCCCUCCAAUGUUGAGCUGGAAACGCACAACUUCACGCGCGAAGAGCGGGCGGAGAAGCGCAUGUACCUGCUCAACGACAACGGGCAGAUUGACUUUUUCGUGCGCUACGGCGGUGGCGCGUUUGACAUUCAGUAUUUGACGAUGCUGAGUGCGCACAGUAGUUACUGGUUGUUGAAGGAUUUUGUGCGCAUGGUUGUUACCGAGACGGGGAGGAGGGAGGGGAAGCAGGGCGCGUUUUUGGGGAUGAGGGCGGAGAAGAGGAGGAAGGGGCCGAGAUGA